CCCCGAUCAAUCGACCAUAAUCCUCGGGCCGGAAUCAACACGGCGAAAUCCACCCAGCUAGGAAACGGGAGGUAAACGCCUUUGGGCCAUCUCGUUCUCUUUUGUUCGUCAGGCAUUAUGGAGGUGUGGUCGCUGGUGAGCGGCGGGGGCGGGCAGCCCAUCCUGACGUCGAUGAAGUUCGCGGUGCUGCCGAUUGCUAAGGUGUUCACCAUGUGCUUCAUGGGAUUCCUCAUGGCCACCAAGCACGUCGGCAUCCUCAACGCCCGCGGCCGCAAGCUUCUCAACGGGCUAGUGUUUUCCCUACUACUUCCAUGCCUCAUAUUCACUCAGCUUGGACGAGCCAUUACAGUGCAGAAAGUGUUAGACUGGUGGUACAUUCCUGUAAAUAUUGUCUUGGGGACAGUGUCUGGUUCUCUAGUUGGCCUUGUUGUCGCCUGGAUUGUACAACCACCACGCCCAUACUUCAAGUUCACCAUUGUCCACAUCGCCAUAGGUAAUAACGGAAACAUGCCUCUCGUCCUGGUCGCCGCUCUGUGUCGAGACCCAUUGAACCCAUUUGGUGAUCCUAACAAAUGCAAACAGGACGGCAAUGCUUACGUCUCUUUUGGCCAAUGGGUCGGGGCGAUUAUCUUGUACAGCUACGUGUUUCAGAUGCUGGCACUGCCACCAGGUGAAACCUACGAUGGAAGCAGAGUUAAGAAGCUCUCGUCCAAGGCUGUGGCUGAUGGCCGCGCGCCUGAAAAAGUUCCACUGCUAACCUCGGCUGCACCUGAACAAGCCGUCAUACAUGCUUCCAAGUGCUCAAAAGCAAUGGGAAUUUUGAAGUUCUUUGUUGAGAAAUUUAAGCUGAAGCAGUUGCUUCAGCCUCCGGUGAUAGCCUCAGCACUGGGGAUUCUCAUCGGAACGUCGCCAUCCCUGAAGCACUUCAUCCUGGCAAAUGACGCCCCGUUAUUCUUCUUCACCGAUGCCUGCAUCAUUCUUGGGGAGGCAAUGAUCCCAUGCAUCCUGCUUGCGCUCGGCGGCAAUCUCGUCGAUGGUCCAGGUGCGGGUAGCAAGAAGCUGGGGCUGAGGACGACGGUGGCGAUCAUCUUCGGGCGCCUGGUGCUGGUCCCUCCGGCGGGGAUGGGCGUCGUCAACCUGGCCGAGAGGCUGGGUCUCUUCCCCAAGGGCGACACCAUGUUCAAGUUCGUCCUCCUCCUGCAGCACUCCAUGCCGACCUCGGUGCUCUCCGGGGCCGUUGCUAACCUGCGCGGGUGCGGGGAGGAGUCGGCGGCGGUGCUCUUCUGGAUGUACGUGUGCGCCACCUUCUCCGUUGCCGGCUGGAUGGUGCUCUACAUCAGGAUGCUUUUCUGACACCCGGUACACGCUGAUCCUCUUCGUUCCUUUGGCAUGGCAGAGUUUAUUGCACGGUUCGCUUCCUCUUCCAUCACAAGCGGCGACGACGGUGAUGCUGCUAGAGGUCGACAACAACACCAUGCCGUGGACAAAAUUCCUUGCCAUCGCUCUUCAUCCGUGCGUUGCCCAGUGUACCAGAAGAUCCAUCGCUCCGGGAAAAUCUUGGCUCAUUUCGAUUGCGUUGGUAACAUGAGGGGAACUGGAUACUGGAGACUGCAGGAUACUGUUGCUACCAGAAAUGCCACUGCAGCGCGUACACAAGCGACAGAAAAUGAUGCAUCUCGUUUAUCUCGUUUAGUUGACUUGCUAGUUUCUUAAGAUUUAACUCAUAGAUUUAGAGAUUGAA